CGACUCGGGAGGAAGAGGAGAGCAAGCGAGGCAAACAUGUGUGAGAGCGAGAGCGAGAGCGACGCGACGCGGUGGUUGUUUGGUUACGGUUCGCUGGUGUGGAAGCCCGAGCCGGGCCUCGAGGACGCCGAGUCGGUCGUCGGCUGGGUCUCCGGCUGGCGCCGCCGGUUCCACCAGGGCUCGACCGACCACCGCGGCACGGCCGAGGCGCCCGGGCGGGUGGUGACACUGGAGCCGGUGGGUGGUAGUGGUACUGGCGCGGUUGGUGGAGCCGAUGCCGCCGCCGAUGAUGAAGAUCGGGUCUGGGGUCGCGCCUACGCCCUUCCCGAUGGCCCGCAGCGCGACGAGUUGCGGGCGCGGCUGGACCAUCGCGAGAAGGACGGCUACGCGCUCAUCACCGUCGACGUGCACGCCGAGGACGGGCGGAUCCUCCAGGCCUGCACCUAUAUUGCCACGCCGGACAAUCCAUCGUACCUUGGCCCGGCACCGGUAGCGUUGAUGGCCGCGCAGAUCGCGUCAGCCGCUGGCGAGUCUGGCCCCAACAUCGAGUACUUGCUCCGCCUCGAUGAGGCGCUGGCCGCACUGGGCAAGCCCGAUCCGCACGUCGCCACCCUUGCCGCCGCCGUCCACGACAUCCGCAGCUCGGCAUGA